AUGUUCUCAACAACAUGGCUAGCUUUUGCGCUGCUGGCAUCGCAAGGCUUCGCGGCCCAGCCGAACGCCGCCGAACCACUCGAGGCACCUUUGCGGGAUCUGAAGUUCGGCCAGGUCAACUUCCUACACACCACUGACACACAUGGAUGGCAUGCCGGGCAUCUGCUGGAGCCGUCGUUCAGCGCUGACUGGGGCGACUACGUCGACUUCGCCGAUCGGUUACGGGAGAAGCUAGAAGGAGAAGGACGAGAUCUACUGUUGAUUGACACUGGCGACCGUGUGGAAGGCAAUGGACUCUACGAUGCGUCCGACCCGAAAGGGCUGUUCACCUUCGAUAUCUUCCGCGAACAACACAUGGACAUCAUCUGCUCAGGCAACCAUGAGCUGUACAAAAAGAACUCGUCCGAUAACGAAUACCUGAUCACCGCCCCGGCCUACGCAGACAGCUACGUGUCUUCGAAUAUCGAUAUCGUCGACCCUACCACUGGAGAGGUGGUGCCACUGGCACCCAGGUACAAGAAAUUUACCACCAAAAAGCAAGGAGUGCGAAUAAUGGCAUUCGGGUUCCUAUACAACUUCAACCGAAACGACAACAACACGAUUGUGCAGAGGGUGGAGCAGACCAUCAAAGAGGAAUGGUUCCAACAGGCCAUCCGCGACCGGGAGGUUGACUUGUUCGUGGUCAUCGGACAUGCCGCAGUGCGUUCCGAAGAGUUUGACAUGAUCUUUAGAGCCAUCCGCUCGGUCCAAUGGGACACACCUAUCCAGUUCUUCGGCGGCCACUACCAUAUUCGUGACUACCGCAAGUUUGACAGGAAAUCAUACGGUCUGGCAAGCGGUCGCUUCAUGGAAACGAUUGGCUUCCAGUCCAUCGAUGGCCUUUCCUCGAAAAGCAGCGCCAAAGCCUCGCCGACUUUCUUUCGGCGAUAUAUCGACAACAACCUCUAUUCCCUGUAUCAUCACUCAGAUCAAAAUGCUUCGACCUUUCAUUCCGCACGGGGACAAAACAUCACAAAAGCCAUCGAGGAGGCCCGCAACGCGUUGGACCUCGACGAAACAUUCGGAUGCGCGCAGAGAGAUCUGUGGAUGAACCGCGCCAAAUACCCCAGCAAGAACAGCAUCUUCAGCUGGCUUGAAGAGCAAGUAUUCCCCGGCAUCGUCAACGAUACCCACCGUGGCGAUCGACCUAGACUGGUCAUUUCCAACACUGGAGCCAUCCGCUUCGACAUUUUCAAGGGCCCCUUUACCAAGGAUUCCACGUUUAUCGUGUGUCCGUUCACCAGUGGCUUCCACUAUUUGAAAGACGUGCCAUACAAUCAGGCGAAGAAACUCCUCCCUCUCUUGAACAGCGGCGGCGAGAUCUUUGAGACCUUUGACCCCUCGCUGGCAGUCUGGAAGAUGUCUCCUCCCGACCAGUUGGGAAUUCCAGAAGACAUCGUUGUCUUGGAGGAGCGAAUGUCGGAGCAUCUAUUCAACCACGAGCAAACUCCCAUAUCAGAAUCUACCGACAGGCCUUUGAUUCCAGGCUACACCACGGUCGACGAUACGGGCGAUGACGGGGACGACACCGUUCAUUCGCCGAUCUCCUUCUACCGUGUUCCAAACUGCAUCCAGUCAGUGAUCAACCCGGGAAACGUCGACUUGGAGGACGAGGUCGUGGAUGUCGUAUUCAACGAGUUCAUUCAGCCCUGGGUUCUUCUAGGCUUGAAGUUUCUCGGUCUUGAUUAUUCCGAUGAAGACGUGGACAAAUACAUGCCCGACGAUACAAUGACAACCAUUAUAGCGAAGUGGGUGAGCAUGAAUUGGGCGGACAAUUGCUGA